AUGAAAUUUCGCUUCCGCCCCAAGUGCGCGUCUGGCAGCGGGGAGGGCUUCACGCCAAGUCGCCUUCUCCCCCUGCUGAAGGUGAUUCUACUGGCGCUCUUCUAUGUGCUCCUCCAGGUGGGUGAAAGGGAGGUUGAUGAAAGGGAGAGGGCCCUUCUUAUUCCCCCUUCAUAUUCUCCCCAUCUUACUGCCCCUUCGCAGGAUGAGCAACCCUCCGAGGGAGCACCCGGUGGGAAGACCCCCCGAGUGGUAACCUACCGAAUGAUGUCGCACCGAAUCAGGACAUACCGAUUGAGGAGCCACCGAAUGAGGAACCUAGACGAUGUGUCCAGGAAAGGAAUAAGAGGCUGCAUGGAUGCAGAAACAAUACAGUGGGUAAAAAAUGAAUAUGGGUUGUCCCAAAAGUUGAAAGAAAAAAAUGGAGAGUCGGAUGAUGAAUCGAGUGAAGCAGUAAAUGGAGCAGUAUUAUCGAUGAGCAAGUUAGGUCCCAAAUAUUUAAAAAAAUUGGUGGGAGAGUUAUAUUAUAACAAAAUAAAUGAUUUGCCAAAAAAUAUAAAAGCGAAUGAUCUGUUUUCUAUAUGGAAUGAUAUUUACUGUUUGGAAAAAAAUGAAUUUUCUACGGUGGAGGAGGAGCUGUGGUUGGCUUGUUGCCAGUUGGCUGCGGAGAGGAAAAUUCCCCAAAAAAAAAAAAUAAAUGAGUGGCUGAAGGUUUAUAAGAGUCUCUCUCAUGAUUUGAUGAAAAAGGAGCUGAACGAUUUUAAUGAUUUGCUAAUUUUUAUGGACAAUGGUUCUUUUACCAAGCUGGACUUUACUCUCUUCGUUUAUUACAAAUCGAUUUCGUGGCGGACGUUCAAGAAGACUCUCUUUAAGAGGUGGCGGAGCGUUUUGGUUCGCAACCUUGAUGCGUGCAGGAGGUAG